CAGGGAGCUGCGGGUUCGCGCGGGGGCCGACUCAGCCGUGCGCGCCCCCGACGAAAAAGGGCCGGACCUUGACCAGGCUGUUCUCAGAUGUCCGCUUGCUGGAGCCCAGCCUCUCCCAACCGGGAAUCCGAGUGGCCGUGUGAUCUCUGGGUUGACGACCACUACCUGGGCCACCCCUAACCCGGAAGGGGGCCGGGGGCGGGGGCUUGUGGGCCUCUCCGUUAGCGAGCUGUGGGGUUGCGGCAGGUUAGUGACAAACGCGCGCUGGGCCACCGCCUCUGCCGCUUUGCUCGGGAGAACUAGAACUGGCGCCCGGCUUUUUAAUAAAAGUGGAACUGAACCUUAAGCAAUUGCUCUCAAUUUGGAAUAUUCCGGAUAAACUGAGAAGACACCAAGGAACAAUAGCCCUCUCUCCACCAGGUUCUUCUCCCCACCACCUCUUCCCAGGAGAAGCCUGCACACAGGAAAUUCUAGGAAGACAUUGUCAAAGCUAAUUAUGAAAACAUUUGUUAUCGGCAUCAGUGGUGUGACAAAUGGCGGGAAGACAACACUGGCUAAAAAUUUGCAGAAACACUUUCCAAACUGCAGUGUCAUAUCUCAGGAUGAUUUCUUUAAGCCAGAGUCUGAGAUAGAGACAGAUGAAAAUGGAUUUUUGCAGUAUGAUGUGCUCGAAGCACUUAACAUGGAAAAAAUGAUGUCCACCAUUUCUUGCUGGAUGGAAAACUCGAGACACCCGCAGGGAUCCACAGACUCGAGAAGCACCGAGGAAGUUCCCAUGUUAAUCGUCGAAGGUUUCCUUCUCUUCAAUUACAAGCCCCUUGACACUCUGUGGAAUAGAAGCUACUUUCUGACCAUUCCGUACGAAGAAUGUAAGAGGAGGAGGAGUACAAGGGUCUACCAGCCUCCAGACCCACCAGGAUACUUUGAUGGCCACGUGUGGCCCAUGUACCUGAAGCACAGACUGGAAAUGGAGGACAUCACAUGGGAAAUUGUUUAUCUAGAUGGAACCAAAUCUGAAGAGGACCUCUUUUCACAAGUGUAUGAAGAUCUAAGACAGGAACUUGCAAAGCAAAAAUAUUUUCCAUGCCCUGGCCACAUGGCUCUGUUUGCUGGAGCAUCGUCCUGUGCACCAAAAGGCUGUGGGUUUGAUUCUCAGUCAGGGCACGUAUGGGAGCAACUGGUCAGUCUCUCUCUCUCUCUUCUCUUUCUCAAAGUCAAUAAAAACAUAUCCUCAGUAAGGGUUUAAAAAAUAUUUUCCAUGAAUUUCUAUUUCCCAACUGUCUCAAAAGUAAAAACAAGAUUUUAAAAAUUAUUGAGUGCUUCCUUAAGAUUAAAAUAAUUUUUUUAUCUUCACCUGAGGACAUUUUUUUCAUUGCUUUUAGAGACAGGAAGGGAGAGAGAGAGGAAAAAAACCCAUCAAUGUGAAAGAGGAACAUCGGUUGGCUGCCUUCUCCUACACGCCCCAGUCGGGGAUCGAACCCACAAGCUGGGCAUGUGCCCUGAUGGAAUGGAACCUGCGUCCUUCAGUCUAUGGGAUGACACUCCAACCAACUGAGCCACACUGGCCAGGGCUCUUUAAAAUUUUUAUAUUAGAUAACACAUUUUGCAAGUGACAGAAAUCCUCCUAAAUUUUGCUUAAGCAAGAAAAGUGCAGGGGCAGGGAUCACUGACACACAACAGUCACUGACAGCCAUCGUGUCUGUUGGAAGCACUGUCCUUCUAGGCCCCGCAGCCCCAGUGCAAGGGGACAGCGUAUCCUUUUUCAGGGUUGUCUAUAGGCUGGUAAAUGUUGGAGCCGGGUGCUGGGGUAAGGGUUUACAUGUUAUUCUCACUGCUUUUGGAAACACUUAAAUUUUUUAUUUUAAACAAUUAUUUUAUUUUAUUUUUCAAGUAUACUCGAUGUUCAUACGGCUUCAUAUUAGUUUCAGGUGUAAGCAUAGUGGCUAGACAGUCACACAACUUAGAGUGAUCUCCCCAAUAUUUCAGGCACCCACUGGCACCACACUUAGUUAUUACGAUAUUAUUGACUCUCUAUUCCCUAUGCUGUACUCUAUGACCCAUGACUGUGUUGUGACUACCAAUUUAUACGUCUUAAUUCCUUUGCCUGGUUCACCCAGCUCCCAACACCCCUCCCUUCAAAUAGUUCUUUUUUUAAAGCAGUUUUGCAUUUUAGCCUAGCUGAAAAUUCCCAGGGAAGAUUUUGAGAUUACUUGGGUCACAUGACUUUCUAUAAACCAGUCACCAUGGCCAGGGAGAUGGUAUACUCUGACUGGCUAGGACUGGAUCAGGUACUGAUCUUGUAUGUUGAAUGCAUUCUUAAAGCCUCCUGAAUUAAAAGGAGAAAAUUCUCCAAAAGGAAAGCAGGAUAGGAGGUAGAAAAUAAAAGGAGGAGGAUAACAAAGCAUGCUGGAGAACAAAACUAUAGAUGUAGCUGCUGUUAUGUUUGAACUGAAAGGAUUCUCCUGGCUAUCUCAUGCAAAAUGCAGUCAUCAGCUGACUCAGGAGAAGACAGUUUAAGUCACUCCAGCAGUGAAAAACAUCACGUGCUUUGUUUUUGUUUUUUUUUUUUUAAGAAGGUGGGGAAGGGAAGGAGAAAGAGAGGGAAAGAAACAUUGAUGUGCAAGAGAUACAUAAUCAUCAGUUGCCUCCCACAUGCCCCCAACUGGGGUCCUGGCCCACAACCCAGGCAUGUGCCUUGACUGGGAAUCAAACCAGUAACUUUUUGGUUUGCAGGCCAGCACUCAGUCCACUAAGCCACAGCAGCCAGGGCAAGAACAUUACAUGCUUUUUUGGUGAGACACAACUGCCCUAGUCCCAAUGUCAUCAUCUCUCAAUAAGAGUUAGAUUGGCCGUGCCCUCAGUAAAUUCACAUCUGUCUGGGGGACUGAGCCCAGCCAGGCAAUUUAUUGAUCCUAUAUACUCCUAAUUUCAGGAUCAGCCCUUCAUGUAGGCAUGAACCCAUUUGAAGAAAUUUCAGGACCAUAAUAAAUUACUUCUUAGUGGAACUUAUAAUUCUUGCCAGAUAUGCCUGCCCACCCUGCCAUCUGUUAGUGUGAUGAAAGGCAGACUUCCCACAGUGAAGCUCAGGGCACCAGCAUGAAUGGAUACAAAGGGAGAAGGGAGGGGCUCUGCCUUUGUAAAUGAUGGCACCUGAGCCAAAGCCAUUUCUACAGAGGUUAUUGGCUUCCUUUCUGUUCCUAAUGAGGUACUUCCAAGAGCGUUUCAGCAGUUGGCCACCUAGACUUUUCCAUCCUCUCAGUAACGCUGGUGCACAGGUCCAAUUCUCCCUCGGUGACUACGUUACGUACUGGAGUUUGGCCUUAUGCUCUACUUGCUGAUAAAAAUGAAAGGAUCCUUGAUCAUGUAUUUCAGGCAAAUGGCACCUAGUUCCAUACCAAAUGCCAGCUUUUGCCAUCUGGUCCACGACCUAAGAAUAGCUGACAUGUUUGAAAGGUGCUGAAAGCCCACAAGAAAAUACAUGUCCUUGAGUGUUACACCCUCUUCUUUCUUUGCCUAUGUCCUAGAGGCCUGGAAGGAAAUAUUUAACUAUACCUUUAAAGGCUAUCUUGUUUGUAUACUAGAUAUUAAAGUUUAAAAAGAAGAAAAUACAGAGUGGCAAAGGUAGGUUUACAGUUGUGAGUAUGCAGAACACAGAGCUAAUUUUUAUAUUACUAGUAUUAUUGUAUUUUCCAAACAAACAACUGUACAUCUACUUUUGCCCACCCCAUAAGUAACAGAUACAUUAAAAGAGAAAUAAAAUCUAAAGCAGAUCAGCUUUUGCUACAUCAAAGACUUUUGUUAUGUUUUUUUCCAAUGGCAUAAAUAAGUUACUGUAUGAUAUUAACCCACCAUCUUUCCCAUUUCUCCCAACCACAGUGUCCGGGCAAAGCCAGCCCGGAGGGGGCCUCAGCAUAGCCUGCUUUAACCCUCAGCUCAGGACUGAGCUAGUGGGGAGGGCCUCAGACGUUCCCACCAACUACUCUUCAAGCUUCUCCUAACAUCUCAUAAAACCGCUUAACUAAUUUUCCACUCCAAGCAUAUUAAAUAGUAAUUGUGAUAAUAAUAACAAAAGGGAAACAACAAAGAUGGGAUUUAAUGAAAAAUGCACAAUAAAUGACCCAGGAGAGUAAGGAUAUGAAGCUAUAUAUUUAAUUCAAUCCUUAUUUAAAUCCAGACUUUGAGGCAAACUUGAAUCAUUACCUGUUCUACCUGUAACAAAACAGUCUAGCCACUGGCAACAUUCAAACUUCCUUUAAGAAGGUUCAUUUUCAUCUCCCUAUAAAAGUAUAUUAAUUAAAAAAUAAAAUUUUAAUAUAAGAGCAAAAGAGAAAAAAUAAUCACCUAUAUUUCCACCAGUCAGCAGUGUUAAAAUUUAAUAAGUACACACCCAAUGUUUUGGCUGUUCACAUUCAUAUCUUCCAUAUGGUUACAUAGUUUACAUGGUUAAUUGCAAUGGUUAUUUCUUUUUUAAAUCAAUAUUUAAUACUUAAGCUUUACAGAGUCCAUUAUAAAAUAAAAUUGAAUAAAACUAAUAAAUAGCUCUCCCAAUUAAAGGAUUGAAGGAGAAGGCUGAGUUCUGUUUUGCUCAUUGAAAGUGAAUUACGACUUGACUUAAACGUCUUAGUGCAGAAGAUGUCACACGUCUACUUUCAAAUAGGAAUAAGAAAUGACAAAAUAGGCCCUGCCCACGUCACCCACUUAUAUGGAGCAUUAUCAAAAUGUGCCAAGGUUGUGGGUUCGAUUUUCAGUCAGGGCACAUACAAGAAUCAACCAGUGAAUGCAUCAAUGGAUGGAAUAACAUGUUAGUAUUUCUCUCCCCCUCUCUCUCUUUCUCUCCAUCUCCCUCCCUCUCCCUCCCCUUUCUCUAAAAUCAAUCUUUUAAUGUAAUUACUGUAAGAAAUUUUUAAAAAGAAAUUUGAAAAUAAAAAUGUAAUCAAAGGUUUAUGUUUUUCUUUUUGGCAUUUUUCUAUAUUGAAUUUAAAAUAUAAUAUCCACUUACAAAGUAAUAGUAGCAUAAUAGUUCAAACUGACCUAAGAUUAUUGAGUCAUUUUCCAGUUGUUGGAUAUUUGGCAAAUAACAUGCAAUAAAAAUAUCUGCACAGAUUGCUGGUUUUCUUCUUGAAUUACAUUAACAUUUUUCAGAGUAGCAGUUGCUUGGUCAAAGAUUAUAAUCAUUUUUACAUUUUACAUGUUUCAAAGAGUAAACAUUAUAAUAAAAAAUGUGUUUCUCCAACAUGAGCUGUGUAAUAAGAAUGCAGUAGGUUUAUCGCUGGGUUUCUAAGUCAAAGUCACUAAAUAUUCGGCUAGGCUUCCUUGGUUUAAAAAAAAUGAUUAGGGGGUGGCUUGGGUGAGGGGAGUGAUAGGGGAGAAAUGGGGACAACUGUACUUGAACAAUAAUAAAAUAAAUCAUAAAAAGUAAAAAAGAAGAAAAAUGAUUAAAGCCAUGACUCGUGUGGCUCAGUUGGUCAGGCAUUUCACAAAGCAAAGGGCUGAAGGUUCGAUUCCUGGUCAGGGCACCUGCCUAGGUGCAGGUUCAGUCCUUGAUUGAGGUGUGAAUGAAAGGCAGUCGAUCCAUGUUUCCCUCCCCUUCUUCCUCCUUUCCCCUCUCUCUAAAAAUAAAUAAUUAAAAUCUUGGUUUUAGAAAAGAAAAAUGACUAAAGGUAACAAUACUUAUUUCCCCAAAUCAAGCACAGCACUUCAAAACAAGAAUUCUGCAGCCGGCCACCUUUUGCAAUAUACUCUAGUUCUCAAACCAUUUCAUUCCUUGAAGUCAAGGAUUACUAUACCAAUUGCAAGUGACAUUGGAUAUCCGAUCUUUAGAUAGGCUUAAAUUUAAUGCAAGGAUUAAAAGAAUGAGAUUUGGACUCUAUUUAGUUCUAUAUAGAAAACCAGCAUUUCUGGUUCCAGAAUCCCUUUAAUCUCUUUUUUAAGUUUUUAUUUAUUGAUUUUUUGAGGGUGGGGAAAGAAACAUCAAUUUGUUGUUCCACUUAUUUACACUUUCAUUGGUUGAUUCUUAUAUGUGCCCUGAUGGGAACCAAACCCAAAAUCUUCAUGUACCAGGAGAGUGCUCUAACCAACUGAGCUAGCUGCCCAGGGCUAGAAUCCCUAUAAUCUUAACAGCCUUAGAAUACUGUUGUUAGUGUGAAGAUUUCAUAAAAUGAAAAUUGGAAUUCUCCACU